AUGUCAUCAACUAGCAGCGGCAUUCCCUCUAACGACGAGGAGGCUGCCCUCAAGGAUGAGCUUGCAACCCUCAGGAUCGUGCGCGCAACACUAGAGUCGAUGAAACAGCUUGUGGGCGCGAUCCAUGAAGAUAUAGAGACGGCUGCUAAAAAUUGUGAGGACGUGACAGGGCUACACAAGCGCUGGGACUUGGCGAUCGAACAGAGCCGGGAAGUUGGGGCAGAUCAAAUUCAAAACACCUCUGCCCAGAAGCAAUGA